GAUAGAUAGGUAGAUAUGUGGUGGAUGGUGUUGAGGGCAGUAGCAGUAUCAGGGGCCCUGCUGCUGCUUGUGGUUGUGGGUUCUUCCGCCGCCGGUGCCGGUAGUGGCAGCUGCCAGACAAGGUGCGGCGACGUGGACAUCCUGUACCCAUUCGGCAUCGGCCCCAACUGCUCCCGCGGCGUUGGGUUCGAGAUCGAGUGCAAUACGAGGAACGGCAGCGGCGACUUGGUGCCGACCCUGGCGGCCACCAGCUUGAGCAUCGUGCAGAACCUGUCGGUGGAGUCGCCUCCAAUGGCGAAGGUGAUGCUGCCGGUGGCAUACAAGUGCUACAACGACCCAACAAAAACCCAAGAUUUCAACGGCGAGGUAGAGCUGAACAAGACCGGCGUGUACCGCAUCUCCGAUGAGCUGAACAUGCUGGUCGUCCUCGUCUGCAACACCAUGGUGUACACCAAGAACGGCAACAGUGAGGGCGGCCUAUACCCGUACCUCUACUACACCGGCUGCAUCGCCUACUGCAACGACUCUAGGAGCGCACAAGACGGCAAGUGCGCCGGUGCCGGCUGCUGCCAUGUCGACAUCCCCGGUGGCCUCACCGACAACACCCUCGUCUUCGACUCGUGGAACCGUACCAAGUAGGUAGAUUUCAGCCCCUGCGACUACGCCUUCCUCGUGGCCAAGGAGGAGUACGUCUUCCAGAGGUCUGACCUCAAUAAGGACCUGAACCGGAACAUGCCAGUGUGGCUGGACUGGGCCAUCCGCGACGACGACUCGGCCUGUCCUCCGCUGGCGCUGGGGAAGAAACCACCAGCUGCAUCGUACGCCUGCGUCAGCGACAACAGCGAGUGCGUCUUCUCCACCAACGGCCCCGGUUACUUCUGCAGGUGCCUCCCAGCCUACCAUGGGAACCCUUAUGAGUAUUACGAUGACAAGCAGGGCAAAGAUGUCUGGUAUACUACCAUGCAUAUGUGUGCAGACAUCAACGAGUGCCUAGCGCCCGAGCGGUAUCACUGUAACGGAGUAUGCAACAACAUCCCAGGCAAUGACACGUGUCAUUGCCACGCAGGUUACCAGUCUAAUGAUGCAAAGACACAACAGUGCACUCCUAAGUUCCCCGUUGCAUCAAGAAUUGCACUUGGUGUCUGCUUGGGUUUUUCCUUCCUGAUUGUCACUUUUCUUAUCACACUUGUGAUGUUUCAAAAGCAGAAAAUGAAUGAAUAUUUCAAAAAGAAUGGUGGUUCAAUACUACAGAAAGUGGACAAUGUCAAGAUUUUUUCCAAAGAUGAGCUAAAAAAGAUCACAAAGAACAAUUCAGAGGUUCUUGGUCAAGGAGGCUUUGGUAAGGUAUACAAGGGGACUCUUGGAGAUAAUACUAUUGUCGCUGUGAAGACCUCAAUUGAGGUAAAUGAAGCACGAAAGGAUGAUUUCACAAAUGAGGUAAUUAUUCAGUCGCAAAUGAUGCACAACAACAUUAUCAAACUUUUGGGUUGUUGCUUGGAGGUGGAUGUUCCGAUGUUGGUAUAUGAAUUUGCGGCUAAUGGCAAUCUGCAAGAUAUUCUCCAUGGUGAUGGCAAUAUCCCUCUACCAUUACACUUACGCCUAGACAUUGCAAUUGAAUCUGCCGAAGGUCUAAGAUACAUGCACUCCUCAACUAAUCGUACCAUACGACAUGGCGAUGUCAAACCAGCCAACAUACUUCUAACGGAUAAGUUCAUCCCUAAGAUAUCAGACAUUGGAACUUCCAAGCUUCUUACUGUAGACAAAGACUUUACCAUGUUUGUGGUAGGAAGCAUGGGCUACAUAGACCCAGUGUUCCAUAAGACUGGUCAUUUAACACAGAAGAGUGAUGUGUAUAGCUUUGGAGUUGUACUACUUGAACUCAUAAGUAGAAAGCCAACAAUAUAUGGUGAAAAUUGUAGCCUGAUCAUUGAGUUCCAGCAGUCCUACGAUAAAGAGAAUAGUGGGAGAAUGAUGUUCGACAAGGAUAUUGAAAUUGAAGAAGACAUCCUCAUCCUUGAAGAAAUUGGCAGGCUGGCAAUGGAGUGUUUGAAAGAAAAGGUUGAAGAACGACCUGAUAUGAAGGAGGUAGCAGAACGACUAGUGAUGCUGCGAAGAUCUAGGAAGGGUGGGCAAGGAAGUUAUAGUAUAAGCCCUCAAAACUUUGAGGAGAUCAGCAUCGAGGGGACUCCUAAGAGCUUUGGUGCUGAAAUCAGUGAAAGUAGCAAUGCGGCGGUUUCUGCACCAGCCACUCCAGCCAACUAAGAACUUUCCAAUAUCUGAAUCAAGAACAAUGAGAGAAAAGUUAAA